GCGAGUCUUCCGAAGAGUGCCAUGGCUGCAGCUCGCGUGCUCUUGCUCCCCGUCGGCCGCCUGCUGCGUGUCCCGGCCCGCAGCCCAGCACUGCGCACCUAUGCCUCGGGUACUGGGUUUAAGUACAUCCUUGUGGAUAAGAGGGGUCGUGGUGGCAGCGUGGGGCUGAUCCAGCUGAACCGCCCCAAGGCACUGAAUGCCCUCUGCGAUGACCUCAUCAAGGAACUCAACCAGGCACUGAAGACCUUCCAGGAGGACCCAGCCGUUGGUGCCAUUGUGCUCACGGGUGGGGACAAGGCAUUCGCAGCUGGGGCCGACAUCAAGGAGAUGCAGAACCACACCUUCCAGGACUGCUACUCCAGCAAGUUCCUGAACCACUGGGAUGAGCUCACUCGGCUCAGGAAGCCAGUCAUCGCGGCCGUCAACGGUUAUGCUCUGGGUGGGGGCUGUGAGCUGGCCAUGAUGUGUGAUAUCAUCUACGCCGGCGAGAAGGCGCAGUUUGGACAACCGGAGAUCCUGCUGGGCACCAUUCCAGGUGCAGGGGGCACCCAGAGGCUCACCCGUGCUGUGGGGAAGUCACUGGCCAUGGAAAUGGUCCUCACUGGUGACCGGAUCUCAGCCCAGGAGGCCCAGCAGGCAGGUCUCGUGAGCAAGGUUUUCCCUGUUGACACACUGGUGGAGGAGGCCAUCCGGUGUGCGGAGAAGAUUGCCGGCAACUCCAAGAUCAUCACAGCCAUAGCCAAAGAGUCGGUGAAUGCAGCCUUCGAGAUGACACUGACGGAGGGGAACAAGCUGGAGAAGAAGCUGUUCUACUCCACAUUUGCCACUGAUGACCGUAAGGAAGGUAUGGCUGCCUUUGUAGAGAAGAGAAAGGCCAGCUUCAGGGACAAGUGAGGCGUCCGGACCCUGCAGCACACACGUGGCCCUGGGCUGCCUGUCCAGCGCCCAGCUGUCCAGUGCGUUUCUAGCACCUACUUGGACCACAGCCCUGUGCCCACACCAGCAGGCUCUUGUAAUGCUGCUGACUGCUCACGGAGAUGCACUCAUUUGCUGCAUUAUCCUGGGGAGGGAGCAGAAGCCGGACCACAGCCACUUUUGUCCACUGACCACCUGCACUGCUGAUUAAACUGACUCUUACU